GUGGUGGUGCGUCUCUCGGACGAGCUGCUGUCUCAGGCCGUGAUGGUGGUGGAGAGCUGUCGUCCCACUCUGACCAUCAACCUGUCCGGAGCGCGGCAGCACUGGCUGGAGGGGAUGCUGCGCCAUGAGAUCGGCACACACUACCUGCGAGGGGUCAACAACAACCUGCAGCCGUGGUCGACCAGCGAGGGCAGGAAGCAGUUCGGCCUGAAACCGGCCAAUCCCACGGAGGAGGGCCUGGCCAGCCUGCACAGCGUGUUGCUACGGAAACAGCCGUACCUGUGGCGCGCGGCGCUGCUGUACUACACGGUGUACCACGCCAACAGCAUGAGCUUCAGCCGCCUCUUCAGCCACAUCGCCCGCUUCGUCCAGGACCCCGACGUCCGCUGGGAGUACUGCCUGAGAGCCAAGAGGGGACAGACGGACACUUCGCAGCCCG